AUGGCGCCGCACCUAACGGAGGACGAAAUUGACGAUCUCGUCUACUUUGCCCGUGCUGGAGAGAAUGUGCACCUGGACGAGAGCUUGGCCGCUCUCGCGGAUCGGGAAAAGGUGUCUCCUGCCGAGAUACUGCUGGGAGCCAAGGAUGAGGGCAAAUCGUCAACCCUGCACAUGGCAGCCGGCAACGGCCAUUUAGGAACGGUGCGCAGGCUCCUUGACGCCUUCCAAGGACGGCCAAAGGAAGAGAAGCAGGCCUUUAUCGAUGAGGCCAACGAGCAUGGAAACACGGGCCUUCAUUGGGCGGCACUUGGCGGGCACCUCGACGCGGUAAAACUGCUAUUGGAGCAUGGUGCUUCACCGGCCCUGGCCAACGAGCGCAACUAUGUUCCGCUGGACUUGGCAAACUUCAACGACAAGACCGAGGUCACCCAGUACUUCCUGUCUUUUUCUGGUGGACUGGAAAGCAGCAACCAGGAGAACGGCCUGAGUAGCGCGGCCGAAUCCGUGGAGCUGGUUGAUGACGAGGCACAAAAGGACGAGAUUUCGGAGCCUCCUCAAGCAGCUCCAUGA